UACAGAAGAAGAAGAACACCCUAUAUGAAUGGGACGUGUCACGUGUCGCGUGGUGCUGCCGUCGCGCCGGUGAACGGCGAUCCCGUGUGCAUGUUUUUUUUUUACCCGCACUCGAUCUUUAAAUCGCAAGUUCGCCGUGCGUUUCGCUCGACGGCUGUCGCGACUAAUUUUGGCAUGAGAUUUUAACGCGGCAGCCACGAAAAGGGAGGGCAGAGAUACGCCGACGAGAUAAUGGGCACUGUCCACGCUAAGGAAUCCAGUAAUCCUUUAGGCUUGGGUCAAUUACCUAAGGACGUCUCCGCAAACAAACGCGAUGAUCCAAAUGACAACUUUCCACCAUUUUCCGAUGACAAAUCACAGUUACACAGGGAAGAGGAGAACGUACAGACGAAUAGUAUUGUACUGCAGGAGGUAGAGGCACGAGUCGACAAGAUACACGUGGACGGACUUGUACGAACGAAAGACGACAUAAUCAAGUCGCAGGUGACUGACUUGUUUAAAGCUCGAAACUUUGAGGAUGUUAUUAUACGCGCUUAUAAGGUGCGGGAGAGGCUGGACGCGCUGGGGUGUUUUAGGAACAUCGGAAUUUACAUCGACACCAGUCAAGGACCCGACGCCACCCCCGACGGCGUAGAAGUGACUUUUAAGGUGCGCGAAAUGAGACGCCUGGUCGGCGGUAUCAGCACGAUGGUCGGGAACAACGAGGGGUCCCUGAUCAUCGGCGCGAGGGCGCCGAAUCUGUUCGGCAGGGCGGAGCGUGUCCAGAUGGAAUAUUCACACGGUAACAAAAGUUCGAUCAACUUCAAUGUAUCCGCCAUUAAACCAUUUCCGCAGAGCUUGUACAACGCAGUAUUAACCAGCACCGUGUUCAGCACGACGCACGACUUCCCGUGGUCCGGCUUCAAGCAGAACGACAAGGGGCUGCUGCUCGACAUGGAGCUAAAUCAGACGGACACCUCCAAGCACAAUGUACAGUACGAAGCUGCAUUUAGGAACAUCAGUUGCUCAAAACAGGCGGCUUUUCGCAUACGGGAGCAGUGCGGGCCGAAUUUGAAGUCCGCGCUGAGGUACAUCUGGACGAUAGACAAGAGGGACUCGCCUAUAUUCCCCGUUACCGGCAGCCUCAUGCGAUUGACGACGGAAAUGGCUGGCCUGGGCGGCGAUAUCGGUUUCUUAAAGAACGAACUUGCCAUACAGACCAACUGGUCGCCUCACGAGUACGUUACAUUCCAGCUGGGCCUUCAGUCCGGGCUGUUGAAUACAAUCAGCAACGACAUGAAGAUAAGUAUCGCCGAUCAUUUCUUCCUGGGCGGCCCGCUGAAUCUACGCGGAUUCGACAUGCGGGGGUGCGGGCCCCGCUCCGACGGCAACUCGGUGGGCGGCGAGAUGUACUGGGCAGCCGCGCUUCACGUCUACACGCCGCUCCCGUUCAGACCCGGCCGUAACAGCUUCGGGGAUUUGUUUAGGCUGCACGGCUUCAUUAACGGUGGCAAUCUGUCUGAUAUCAAGUUUGCGGACGGUAAUCUGUACAACGAAAACAUGAAGAUUUUCACGGAGAACAUUCGCUGCGCCAUCGGCGGGGGCAUCGCGAUGAAACUAGGAAACAUUGCCCGUAUAGAAUUGAACCUAGUUACACCAUUGUUGUUCAUGAGGAGCGACGUGCUCCAGCAAUUUCAAUUUGGUAUUGGCGUUCAAUACCUCUGAGCAUUUUGUACCUCUCGAUAGUCCUGUAUUUUACGAUGAAUCUAACUGUAAGAAAGAAAUAGAAGGAUUGUAAAUUUAUUUCCGUUACUUGUCCGAAACGAAGUGUACAAUAUUUGCAAUAAAGUAUCUUCGCUGGCCUUUGCGAGCGCGGUGGGAACGACACGUUAUCCGAAACCCGCUUAUCCACAUUGCUAAUCAAACGAGUCACGGCGGAGGAAGAAUUUGCUCUUUCACAUGUACGUUUUGCCAAAAAUUUAAAUAAAAUAAACUAAUAUAAGUCGUCAGCGUA